AUGUCGUCUUUCUUCUUUACCACCCCUGUCGAUAUCGACAUCGUCCUUGAAGAUAGCGACGAACGGGAAACUGUCGAUAUCAAACUAGACAAGAACAGAAGGGAGAAGGCCCCGCUGUAUAUGGAUGGCGAAUCUGUGAAGGGAGCGGUGACAGUGCGGCCUAAGGAUGGGAAACGAUUAGAGCACACGGGCAUCAAGGUGCAAUUUAUCGGAACGAUAGAGAUGUUUUUUGAUCGGGGUAACCAUUACGAAUUCCUCUCCUUUGGCCAGGAACUUGCUGCGCCUGGCGAACUACAGCAUCCGCAAAUCUUCCCAUUCAACUUCAAAAAUGUCGAAAAGCAAUAUGAAUCUUACAAUGGCAUCAAUGUCAAGCUGCGGUAUUUUGUCAGGGUGACGGUCUCACGGCGGAUAGCGGAUGUUGUGCGAGAGAAGGAUAUCUGGGUAUAUUCGUACCGCAUGCCUCCGGAAACGAAUAGCCCUAUCAAAAUGGACGUCGGAAUCGAAGACUGCUUGCAUAUAGAAUUUGAGUAUUCGAAAUCGAAAUAUCAUCUCAAAGAUGUUAUUGUAGGGAGAAUAUAUUUCUUGCUUGUGAGGUUGAAGAUAAAACAUAUGGAAUUGUCGAUUAUCCGCCGCGAAACGACCGGAUCGCCCCCGAAUCAGUAUAAUGAAAGUGAAACGUUGGUGCGCUUCGAGAUUAUGGACGGUUCCCCAUCAAGAGGGGAAACGAUACCCAUUCGAUUGUUCCUGGGGGGUUUCGAUUUGACCCCCACGUUUCGCGAUGUGAACAAGAAGUAUUCGACUCGAUACUACCUCAGCUUAGUUCUUAUUGACGAAGAUGCCCGUCGAUACUUCAAACAAUCCGAAAUCGUUCUUUACCGUCAAGCCCCCGAAAUCCCAUUAACCCCUGAAGUUGCACAGCAACAAAUUGACCAGCAACAACAACUCCAAGGUGAGCCUGUUACCUCAGCAGGUCCAACAAAAGACAUGCAAACCGCAUCGUUUGGAAAGCAGCAAGUUUCGGCCCCUGCAUAG